CUUGAGGGCAGCCAAUUUGGUUCCGCGCUUGGUGCUACAUACAGUAUCAGAAACGAUGAGUUCCGUCACGCUACAAGGUAUCCCGGAAAUGUUUGUUGGUGUAGAUGUUUUUAUCACCGGAGGUUCCGGGUUUAUGGGCAAAGUGCUGAUCGAGAAGUUGCUGAGAUCAUGUCCUGGGAUAGGUCAAGUGUUUGUGUUGCUACGACCGCGAAAAGGAAAAUCCGCUCAGGAGCGGGUCGAAGAAUUAGUGCAAGUUCCGUUAUUUGAUAAACUACGCGAACUACGUCCGAACGACUUUCAGAAGAUUGUUCCUAUUUGUGGUGAUUGUUCCCGUCUGCAGAUGGGCCUGGAUGAGCAGAGCAAAAAGCGACUAGAGACUGUCCAGUUUGUGUUCCACGCGGCGGCCAGUGUUCGGUUCGACGAUCCUUUGGUGGAUGCUAUACUGUUGAAUACACGAGGAACGCGUGAAGUUUUCAGAUGGUCAAAGACUUUGAAGAACCUCAGGGUCUUGGUGCACAUCUCGACGACCUACAGUAAUCCGGAAAUUUUUGAGAUCGACGAACGGAUUUAUCCGGCGAAAAUGGAUUGGCAGAAGGCGAUCGAAAUUGCGGAGAAGAUCGACUCGGAAAUCCUGGAAGCGAUGGCUCCCAAGCUAACCAAUUUCGCUCCAAACACCUACACUUUCACGAAGGGUCUUGCAGAGCAAAUCUGUUACGAUUACCACAAGGAACUGCCGUUGGUCAUCUUUCGCCCAUCGAUUGUGACAAGCGCUGAGACGGAACCGAUACCCGGUUGGAUUGAAAAUUUCAAUGGACCGGCAGGGCUGAUGGUUGGCGCAGGCACUGGAGUUUUGCGUACGAGCUGUAUGAACAUGGACAGUAACAUGAACUGCAUACCGGUGGAUGUGAGUAUCAAGGCAAUCCUGAUUGCUACCUGGCAGAAGGCCAACGAGGCACCAGGGCAGCUGACGAUCAUCAAUUCUGCCGCGGAACCAAACAAAACGGUUGCCUAUAGGCUGCUGGAGACGGAUGGGAUAACCAUAUAUCACAAGGCUCCAUUCGAGCGGAUACUGUGGGCUCCUGGCAGUCACAACACGAGGUGUGUCUAUUUCUACUAUCUUCUGUUACUUUUGUGUCAAGUGAUGCCUUCGGUUCUUAUCGAUACGAUGUUGCGAGCGCUAGGGAGAAAGCCAUUUUUGAUGAAGUUACAACGGAGAAUCUUCCACGCACAAGUCUCGCUGCAUUACUUCACAACAAAUCAAUGGUCGUUUGUAACAACAAAUUUCCGAAAGCUUUCCACGAUUCUGUUGGAGAAUGAUCGGGCUAACUUCAACCUUGAUUAUAUCGUCAACGGCGUAGUGGAGUAUUUUCAGGUUUGUCACUUGGGAGGGCGACGACAUCUCCUCAAGGAAUCGGACGACACGAUUCCUGCAGCGAGAAAUAAGCUGGAACGGUAUAAUUUCUACAACCAAACCCUGAAGUUUAGCAUUUUCUCCAUUGUUUUCUACAUUUUGUAUAAUAAAUAUUAUCAUUUGUUCGUUUAGUGAAAUGUUAAUUAGGUGCUAUUUAAUACAUUCAUGAAGAUUGCCACAUAUUCGAAUAUAUGCACUGUAUCUGAUAAGCAAACAUUACAAAAAAUUACAAAAAAUAUGUUGAAUCCACCGAGCCGUCUGAUGAGAUCUUCUUAUAACAAUAAUAGUGUUCAUUAUCCGCAAUUGUACUCUUUUUAUUUAGAAGAAUUCAAUAUACAUAAAACAUAACAAAUAUUCAGAUUUAUGCGUCUCAAAUAUAUCGUACCUUAUCAAAGAACAAAUAUUAUUUGUAUAUUGUUUUAAUAUUUAGGGCAGUCGCGUAGCCAGAAAUUAGGUUUGGAGGGGGUUUUGAUAAACAUCGUUGAUUUUUCCAAAAUGUCUCAUGUAAGUUGUAAGUGCUAAAGUAUUGAAACAAAAUUAGCCUAACGGAUGUCUUUUAUAAUUUCUUUUUUAAUAUGUCACUUAAGUCAAAGUAUGAAAACACAAAGUGCACUUUUAAAGGGAAACAAAUGCUGGAAAACUUUUCUAACGGUCAAGAUCACAUAAUUUCGAAAGCGUAAACUUUGGAGUUUUAGCAACCCAGAGGAAGCUUUCCAACAUAAAAAGCGCAUCUUUUAAUGUAAUAAUUUUGGUGGUUAAAUCUCCUACAAGUAAAUGUGGAAAUUUAACUCUCCAAAAAUAGUCUUCAGCAAAGUUGUUGAUAAUGUCAUUUUGCACAAGCGGAAUUUUUGUGAAAAAUAGAAAUAUUUAUUCAAGAUGAGUAAAAAAAACCCGUAGUUGAAAAUAUAUCUUAAAAAAUCAACGUAUUUUUACAUAGAAUGUGUAUGCAAAGUUUGCAAGAAAUCGGUUAAGUAGUUUUUGAAUGGCAGGUAACACCGCAAAUCAUGUUAUUUUCCAGAGACGUUCUACAAAAAGCUUCGCACCAAAGCAUAUAGCAUGUUAUUGAAUUGAUACAUUAUAAUGUACAAAAGCUUUGAUCAAUUCGCUUCACGCAAAGUUCUGAAAAAAUCGCAAAAAAAG